AUGCACGGGCCGGGCGGGGACAGGGAUGAUCCAGCUGAAGCCGAACAACUACAGCGCUAUGUGGUUCCUCCUGGGUGCAGCUCUGCCCACGGCCCUCUUGUUCAUCUUGGCGUCGGAUCGUGUGGGCGAGCAGCUGUCCAGCGUCUCCAGCCGGGGGAGCAGCAAUGGAUAUCUGCCGCCGUCUCACCCCAAGGACAAGGAGCCCGCUCCUGCGCAACAACAACAAGAGGCCUAGCCCAGCUGCUACCGAAGGUGGCCAUGGAGGACAAGACAGUGAUCAUCACCACGGUGAAUGAGGCGUGGGCCCGGCCUGGCUCCCUGCUGGACAUCUACCUCGAGAGCUUCAAGAACGGCGAGGACACAGAGCACCUCCUAGCCCAUGUCCUCAUUGUCGCCCUCGACCCUGCCGGCUUUCGGCGUUGCACAGUUGUGCACCCUCACUGCCACCUGCUCGAGGUGAAGAUCGCGAACCUGACCUCAGCCACGCCGUUCAUGUCCAAGGAGUACCUCGAGCUCGUCUGGACCAAGCUCUACCUCCAACAAUGCAUACUCGAGCUCGGCUACAAUUUCCUCUGCACCGAUACUGAUAUGAUACUAUUGCGGGAUCCGUUCCGGCGCAUCCCGGUGUAUGCGGACAUGAGCGUGUCCUCAGAUGACUUCUCGAGCGCACGUGCUCCGCUGGACAACCCGCCCAACACGGGGCUCUACUACAUGAAGGCAACGAACCGGAGCAUCGAGAUGCUUCGGUACUGGCAGGCGGCAAGGCCGAGGUUCCCGGGCGUCAAUGACCAGCCCGUCUUUGUUAAGAUCAAGACCGAGCUCAUCGAGAAGCUCCAGGUCCGGAUCGAGCCCCUUGACACAGUCUACUUUGGUGGGUUUUGCGAGUACCACGACGACUUUGACAAGAUAUGUACCAUGCACGCUGACUGUUGCAUCGGCGUGGACAACAAGGUCCAUGACCUCAUGGAUGUGGUCGCUGACUGGAGAAGGUACAGGAGCAUGACACUAGAGGAGAGAAAGAAUACGAGUGCGAACCUCACGUGGACGGUCCCCCUACUGUGUAGGAAGUCUACCAACUGGCACAAACCUGUUCAUCCGUGACCUGUGGAGAAACCACAAAAAAGCAAUUUGGUUGUUGACAAUUUGACACCUCGACCGCCUAUUGGUGGGUCCACUCGCACCGAUGUAUCUCCAGUCCAAUGAUCUAAACUUCUCACUUAUUGGGGCGA